GAACGAUACCUGAUCAGUGGAUUUCAUCUGAUCAGUUUUACCGAUCAAGGCAUAUACGAUCUUGUCAAUAAUCUCGGUUCAACCGCUGCUCGUCUUCUAUUCUCACCGAUGGAGGAGAGUUGUCAUUUUGUCUUUAAUCAAUGCCUAGUUCGGGACAUGGAAAAGGAUAAACAAGAUCUGAGCCUUUUAAAGGACGUUUUGCGACUGUUACGCACCGUGUUGCGUACGUGCAGUUUGGUCGGAUGGAUUGGGGUCACUUUUGCUCAGGCAAACUCUUGCCUCCUGCUCUAUCUCUAUACUGGUCCCAGUUUGGCGGAGAACAAAACAGCGGUCUCAUUGUUACGCCUCUUUUCUUUCUAUGUUCUGCUUCUCGCCUGGAAUGGGUCCACCGAAGCGUUUCUGAACGCGGCCAUGUCCACAAAUGAAGUGGCACGACACAACAAACGUCUUGUGCUGUUCUCCAUCGUCUUCCUCGGGGCCAACGGACUGUUUGUCCCCAAGCUCGGUGUACACGGUUUUGUCUUGGCCAAUUGUAUCAACAUGAUCAGUCGCAUUAGUUAUAGUUGUUGGUUUAUUCGACACUAUCUGCAACGUCAAAAGAACAUUGCCUUGAAAGACCAGGAACCAACCACAUCGGAUGCAACAACGGAAGCAUCUCACUGGCUUACCACCGCAGUACCUCUAUUACGUCUCAUGUUGCCCUCAUUGAAAGAGAUGAUCGUCUUCGCUCUCAGCUUGGCCAUCACAGUGGCGUCUGAGAAACAUUUCUGUUGUAUGUUGGGAUGGAAAUUGAUACUCAUUCACACGGGCAUCACAUCGUUCACCCUACUCAGUGUCUUGUUCCUGUUGCAUCUGGAAGAGUCCGAUUUAUGGGACUUGUUCCAAACGGGUCUGGGAAAGACUAAAAGUGAAUGA